CUGGCGUUCACAGCAAUGAAUUCGUACAGUUUGUGAUUGAAAACUACUAUGAUUCGUAUUACGCUCCUAUUUCUAAUAUCGAGGAAUGAUAACAUUGACUUUAUGAUGGGACCAUGACAUUUGGACAUCACUUCGUUAAGAUCGCGGUAAUUGCAGCUAGUCUGGGCAUAGGCUGCAGUGCGUUCAAUGAUGAAAACAGGCUGUUGAAGAAGCUGUUAGACGGGUAUGAUCGUGCUGUCAGGCCAGUAAGGCAGUUUCGAGAUACGCUCAAUGUCUCUGUGAGAAUUACAGCAAAUCAGUUUAGGGAUUUGGAUGAACCACAUCAGCAUUUAGUCAUUAGCAUAUGGUUUCAAUUUUUUUGGAAUGACCAUCAUCUCCAAUGGAAGCCUUCAGAAUAUAAUAAUGUCACCGCGAUAAGACUUCAAUCAAGUCGAAUUUGGCGACCUGAUAUUGUGCUUUUCAAUAGUGUUGACGAGGAGAGGAAGCCAAAUGAAAUUUUCAGCGACACUAAUGCAAUCAUCAAUUCAAAUGGUCGGGUGGCUUGGCUGACACCAGCUCUAGUCAAGGCAACUUGCAAGGUAGAUGUCACCUAUUUCCCGUUCGACUACCAAGUCUGCCCGCUCAAGAUGGGCUCCUGGUCUUAUGAUGGCUUACAGUUAGAUGUCCACUUCGCCGACCCAGCCUACGACAGCUCCAAGUUCAUGGCAAACGGGGAAUGGGAGCUGCAUUCAAUCAGAACGAAGCGGAGUGUUCUUUACUACAUCUGCUGCCCGGAACCUUUCCCCGAUCUGACCUGGUAUCUAGUCAUACAUAGGAUGUCCCUGUUCUAUGUUUAUAACCUCAUCAUUCCAUGUGUGCUAAUAACCAUCACCGCCAUCAUGGUCUUCUAUUUACCACCGGAGACCGGGGAGAAGGUGUCUCUGGGUGUGACCGUGUUGCUUGCCAUGACUGUGUUCCUGCUGUUGAUUGCCGAGACUAUGCCGCCGACCUCUGAGGUUGUGCCAGUGAUAGGAAAAUUCUUCGGAGCCACCAUCAUCCUGUUAUCGCUGUCCACUGCCGUAACCGUGGUCGUCCUCAACUUCCACUUCAACGGUGAACACGGGAAGGAGGCCCCUGAAUGGCUGAGGAAAGUCGUAUUGGUCUAUGUGGCUCGUUACAUCUUUAUGGAAAAGUUCUGCCAACGGAUAUUAGUCAACUUUAAAGUGCAAAAAGCAAUGAUGAGUAACAAACAAAGGGCAGGUAGUGUCGUUCUGACCAACUUCCACGCCAACAGCGCUCCCAACGAUAGCACCUUCUUUUACGGUGUAAACGGCGGGAUGCCCGAGGGUGCGUCCCUGGAACACAACAUAGAUGCCGAGAACACUACGGACUGGUACUUCAAGAUCCACGCGAAGGUCUACAGCGAGAUAUCGAACACGCUUCGGUCAGUCAAGGAAAGUCUCACCCAGCGGAUUGACCGCAGUGACUAUAGAGAUCUAUGCAGGGCGGAGUGGCAGAUGAUUGCUUUAGUCAUGGACAGAGUUCUACUGAUCGUUUUCUUUACAAUCGCGACAAUUACUAGUAUUGCUAUAUUUGCGGGUAUCCCAACUGCACCACCGGAUCCAGAGACCUAAGUACGUAAAUAUUUCGUGUGAUAUAGAUUGAAAUGUUUGAAUCGGCUCAUAGCGAGGAUAACAUGUUUAGCCUUUGCGGUCUUGUCAGUGACUAUAGCGAUGUAGGCAUCAACUAGGGGCGACCUUUACUUCGUAAUAAUACUGUUACCGUUUAACGUAAUACGUAUAUUCGGAGCAUGUAUGACUUCGUUGGGUGACAGACACACAAUGGAGUAUGCGGUUGGUCGUCCAUUACAUGUAGAUAUUUCGGCUGUAUCAUAUGAUUGUGUAAAAAUGACGUUAAAGUUAUGCUUGUAAAUAUUUAUGCAAAAUUAUUACUGUAACA